AAUCAGAUUCCGUGCACCAUCAUACGCACUUGAGUUGUCUGCAUGAUGGUCAAUGAAACAGUAGGCACUAGAAGAGAGUUGAUGUCCUAUAGCCUACAUAAUUUUAAUGCGUAGCCUACCUGCGACUUUUCUUCCUUUUUCUUAACGGGUUGCUCUUUUCUUCUUAAAACAAGCUGACAGCUUCCUCUAGUUGAACAGCAACGUUCUGUUGACAUCUGUUCCGGAAUCCUGAAACCAGCAAAGCAACUCUGUAAAGUGAGGUGAUGUGCCUGAUUGGCCCCAGGCCAACUCCACGCUGACCAAGCAAAGUCCCACGGCCUGCUGGGUAAUGGGCCCAGAGGGGAGGAGCUCGGCCAUGUCUCAGAAGAUCUCCUCUCCCUCCCGCAGCAACAGCAGCUCCUCCUCCAAACAUGACAGCCGACAGGACAGCUGGGAGAUUGUGGAGGGCCUGCGAGGAGGUCUCGCCAACGUCCAGGAGCCUCAGAAGCAGGAGGGCUUCAUGCUGAAGAGGAGGAAGUGGCCCAUGAAGGGCUGGCACAAGAGGUUUUUUUUUCUGGACAAGGGCAUCCUGAAGUAUGCCAAGUGUGGCGCUGACAUUCAGAAGGGGAAGCUGCACGGUCGCAUUGACGUGGGUCUCUCCGUCAUGGCCAUUAAGAAGAAAGCCAAGUGCAUCGAUCUCGACGCGGAGGAGAACAUCUAUCACCUGAAGAUCAAUUCCCAGGAGGUGUUUGAUGAAUGGGUGUCUAAGCUGCGCCACCACCGGCUGUAUCGUCAGAAUGAGAUUGCCAUGUACCCCCAAGAGAAGGCCUUCUACUACCCCCACUUCCCCCCCCCCGGCUCCCCCAGCAGGGUGGACGGGGCAGCUAUGAGAAAGCGUGCCUCCAUAGCCAGACAGGGUUCAGCCCCUGCGUCAGGCUCCUUCCCAGUCAACUGCACCAGUCAGUCCAAGGUCGCCGCCUGGCUCCAGUCCUCCAAUGACAUGGACAAAUGCUCCAAAGACCUGUCAUUGUGUGAGUCCUUCCUGCUGGAGCUCAACCACCUGCUGCAGAGUAUGGAGGUCCUCCAUCGUACAUACUCAGCUCCGGCCAUCAAUGCCCUGCAGGCUUCUACGUAUGACAGCCCCAAAAAGGAAAAAAGAGCUCCAAGAAAAUGGCGUGUAAAAAACUACAACAAAGAUGCCAAAUCAACUCUCCAGGUGCCCAGUUGCAUCUCCUCAGGCUCCAUCCGCCUGCACGCCUCCAACCCCAACCUCUCCACAGCAGCUCUGGGGAACGAGAAGGCCUACGCAGAACCCCUGGACUCCCCAAUUGAUGUAGCCAAGCUGCAGGAAGACUUCUGUCGUGUUGCCAGCAAUUUGCACAGCACUAUGAAGACAGCUCUUAGCUCUCUUACUGCAGAGAGGGAGAGGUUAAAACAAGUGCUGGACAAAGACACCUGCCCCCCUACCUCCCCACAGAUCCUGGGAUUGAAAAAUGCGCUGACCUCUGCCAUUGCCCAGAACUCUGAACUGAGAGAACGUCUGUGCAAGAUUCAUGCUGAGUCACGCCUCGUAGAGCCCACUGUCCAUAUGAACCUCUCAGAUUCCCUACAGGAACAAGACUCAACGGAUGCUUCCCGCCCCCUUGUUCAUCAGCUCUCCAAUGAGAGCAGAGCAUCCAUCACAGAUUCUGAGUUCUUCGACGCCCAAGAAGUUCUGCUGUCAGCCAGCUCUUCUGAGAAUGAGGCCUCGGAGGAUGACUCAUACAUCAGCGACAUAAGCGACAACAUCUCCAUGGACAACUUCAGCAACGAGACAGAAAGCGAGAGACCAAACUUAGGCUGUGUGGAGAACGGCGCCUGUGUGAGCCAGCGGCGGUCUCGUCUCCCAGCGCCCAGCCCCGACACCAGCGCCGUCAGCCUGUGGAACAUCUUGAAAAACAACAUAGGCAAGGACCUUUCCAAGGUGGCCAUGCCCGUGCAACUGAACGAGCCUCUUAACACCCUGCAGAGACUGUGUGAGGAGCUGGAGUACAGCGAGCUUCUGGACAAAGCCGCCAGCACACAAGACCCCUUUGAACGCAUGGUGUACAUUGCCACGUUUGCAGUUUCUGGCUAUGCAUCCAGCCACCACAGAGCCGGAGGAAAGCCUUUUAACCCAGUGCUGGGAGAGACCUACGAGUGUGACCGGCCAGACAAGGGAUUCCGCUUUGUGGCAGAACAGGUCAGUCAUCACCCACCAAUAUCAGCGUGCCAAGCUGAAUCUAAGAAUUUUUUGUUUUGGCAAGACAUGAGGUGGAAAAACAAGUUCUGGGGCAAGUCAAUGGAGAUUGUUCCUGUAGGCAACACCUAUGUCACUCUCCCUGGAUUUGGAGAUCAGUAUGAGUGGAACAAGGUGACCUCCUGCAUCCACAACAUCUUGAGUGGACAGCGCUGGAUCGAGCACUAUGGAGAGAUCUCCAUCAAGAACUCCAGCAGUGAUAUCUGCCAGUGCAAGAUCACAUUCGUCAAGGCAAAGUACUGGAACUCAAGUGUCAACGAGGUGGAGGGUACCAUCACGGACCAGAAGGGGAAGGUCAUUCACACCCUGUUUGGGAAGUGGCACGAGGGAGUGUACUGUGGAGACCCGCCCUCUGCCACCUGCAUCUGGAGAGCGAAUUCCGUUCCGGCUGAGCAUGAGCAGUACUAUGGUUUUACCAAGUUUGCUGUGGAGCUGAACGAAUUGGACCUUUCGCUGAAACUGCUGCUACCUCCCACCGACACCAGGCUACGACUAGACCAAAGGCUUCUGGAGGAAGGAGAUGUUGAGGCUGCAGAGGAACAGAAACAGAGGAUCGAGCAGCUGCAAAGAGACAGGAGGAGAGUCCUAGAGGAGAACCACAUGACUCAUCAACCCAGAUUCUUCCGGAAAUCCAAAGAGGAUACCUGGGUGAGCAACAACACUUACUGGGACCUGAGAAAAGACCCAGGCUUCUGCCAUGUGGACUACCCUGUGCUGUGGUGACCUCAUACACAUCUGGACCCUGUUUCAGCUGUGACCCAGGCUGGCACUGGGGUGCCCUUGUUUCUCUAUAGUCCUGCAGUAUAUGAUGAAGGAUUAGUCACAACAAAAAACACAUUUGGAAGUGUUUUUUUUUUUCUACACAGCAGCAGGAAACAAGCAUGUUUACUGCCUUCAUCAGCAUUUUUCUGAUCCAAACGACUCCAUCCACUGCUGCAUAGUUGUUGCUGGUUUAUUUCUGGUGGUGGAAAUAUUUCUUAUUAUUUAUCCGAUGUAUUGCCUUACAACAAAUAGUGCUUUUAUUUAUGUUGUGUAGCAUUCUUAUGCAAGCAUAUCAUCUGAAUGUAGACAAAAUAUGCAAACUGUGCCCUUCUUGUCCGCUGUAGGACUACAUUGGAGAAAGUGUACCUUCAACCAUUUACUGAGAAUCAAGCCUCCAGAGAGCGAUUUAUUGAUACUUGAUACUGAUUGCAGAGAAAAGAAUUCCUCGAAGAUAAUGUAGCUACUAGUCUACAGUAUAUUAGCACAGAUAUUCGAUGUAAAUAGUCUUGACAUUUUCUACCUCUGAUAUAUAGCUUACCAUGGUACUUGUUAUACCAUUGAAAAGGUGUACAUGUGAAAUAUUUAUUUAACACCAGUUUGAUGCCUUAACGGUGAAACUAAUGAUAUUUUAAACACAUUUUCAUUUAAAUAUUUUAAUGUUUUACAAAUAUGUGUAUGUUUUGCAAGGAUCCCUUAAAAUAAUGUGUCCUUAAAUCUUUAUGAAGCUUUAUUUUUUGGUUGUUAUUUUUUGGUCUAGAAACUAAAGGCCAGACUUUGCUCUUUGUCUGCCUGUACAUUGGAUUAUGUCUAUGAAAAUUGGAGUAUAACAUUUGAAACACAAGCAUAGUUCACAGGAAAUGUUAUUAUCUACUGUAAGAGGGGCUUCAUCUAGCCUUUUGGCAUAUAUUGAGGAUAUGGUCAUGAGCUGUAGGCUAAUAAAAAAUUAC